GCACGACGCGCCAGUAUUCAGCCCGCGACGGUCGCGAGCGUUCGCGUACUUUCAGCUUUGCUAGUACAUAUGUAUUUAUUUGGGCUUGUUCUGUGCACGUAUAUAGUAUAUUAGUAUAUACACAAACAUAUAUCCGAGUUCGUAAGGAUAAAUCUCGUAACCGGGGCAAGUGAAUUUUUCUCAAGAUUCUUUUCGACCACGCAUAUCGGUGAGGAGACGGAAUUGAAGAAACUUUUAACUUGUGAUGGAAUGCAGAAACAGAGUAUGUCGAGGAGAGUUUCCCGAAGAAUCGCGCGAAAGUGAGAAUCGCGACGGGUGACUACUUAAAAAUACCGAUUGUUUAUUAGUGGGGAAUUCUAGAAAUAGCACAGUAAAAGAAGAAACGAAAACAGUGUAGCGGAAAUCUUACGAAACGUGAAGGGCGGGUGAUAUGAGUGAAUAUAGGAUCUUUCGUGACGUUAAAUGAUCGAGUUACGGCCUGGUCGAAACAAACCCCGUCGAUUAACCGGCACGCGAUACGUCGGAAACACGAUUAAAACAUAGUGCGUCCUUCUCUUUUGCGCAAAGAAACCGACAGAUUCGUGAGCUCGCGUGGAAAGUGAAACAACGUUGGAUACAGGGGAAAGAAGCAAACGGGGUGUGUUCAAGAAGAGAAGUGAAAAAAAGGAAAAAUAAUGUGGUGUCACGUCCUCGCCACCGUCGUCGCUUUUUUGUGUGUUGUCUACGCUCAAGGAGGCCCGCGAACAUUUUCUGCUAGGCCUUACCGUGGAGGAUCAACAGUAACAACAAGAGCAGUUCUUCAAGGUACGGCAGAGUUGUCAUGUGAUAUCCGUCCACCGCAACAAAAUGAUUCCGUAAUUUUAGUUGUUUGGUACAAAAGCGAUACCACACCUAUUUACAGUUACGACAUGAGAGGCAAACAUUCUGAAAAAGCUUCUCAUUGGAAUAAUAAGGACCAUCUAAACGACCGUGCAUUCUUUAGAACUGUCACUGAACCAGCAACAUUAAACAUCAAUCACAUUGAAGAAAGAGACGAAGGUGAAUACAGAUGUCGAGUAGAUUUCGCGAAGAGUCCUUCCAGAAAUUCAAGAAUUCACCUGAUGGUCAUAGUACCGCCGCAUAAACCAAAUAUUAUUGAUGAACGUGGAACUGUGCCAGCGGUAGCAGGUCCGUAUGAAGAAGGUGGUGAUAUGAAAUUACAAUGUCUAGUUUCUGGAGACGAACGUCUCUGUACGAUACACGACAGCUUGGAAGGAACUGACAAAUAUUCGCUAUUUCACGAGCUGUUACUGUCAGUGCCAUGUCGACCAGAGCCAAAAGUGAGAUGGUGGCGGGGAGAAAUGCUCCUUGAUUCGAAAGAUGAGCCAGGAGAGUUUCCAUCCCUUCGUAGAAAUGCCUUAAUAGUAAGGGAACUUUCAAGAGCUGAUCUUCAUGCGGUAUUUACUUGUCAAGCAUCCAACAACAAUAUCAGUCAACCUGUCUCUGCAUCGGUUGCAAUUGAAAUGCAUUUGAAACCAUUGUCUGUGGCAAUAUUAAGUAAUGAGCACGCACCCCUUAGCGCUGGACGAAAAUAUGACAUAAACUGUAUGACUGUUGGAUCCAGGCCUCCAGCAAAGUUAUCGUGGUACAUGGAUGGAAAGAAACUGAGUAAUUACACGGAGAAGGUAUCUCAAGAUGGUAACAUGACAAGUUCGACGUUGAUAUUGAAACCUACGUUGCUAGAUCACGAUAAAGUAAUCACUUGCCGUGCAGAAAAUUUCGAAAUUCAACGAGGUAUAGUCGAAGACACAUGGAAAUUAAAUGUAUUCUUUGUACCAAUUUUACAUCUGGAGUUAGGAUCGAAUAUGAAUCCAGACGAUAUCGAAGAAGGCGAUGACGUAUACUUUGAAUGCAAAGUUCAUGCUAAUCCUGGCGCUUACAAAGUUAUAUGGAGGCACAAUGGAAAUAUUAUUCAGAACAAUGCAAAAAAUGGUGUAAUAGUGCAACAAUAUGGCUUGGCUUUGAGGGAAGUUAAUCGUUCUCAAGCAGGCAAUUAUACUUGUAUUGCUAGCAACGUCGAGGGAGAUGGUUACAGUAAUACUGUCGAACUUAAAAUCAUGUACAAACCUAUUUGUUUACCUGACCAGAAACGAAUUUAUGGCGUAGCUCGUCACGAAGAUGCCCGAGUAACAUGCAGUGUAGAGGCAUACCCAUCUCCAGAUAGUUUCCGUUGGACGUUUAACAAUACGGAAGAAAUGGUAGAUGUACCUCAGGCACGGUACAAGAAUUCUACACGUCAUAGUCAAAGUAUUCUUAUUUAUCGACCAAUUACAGAAAUGGAUUACGGUACAGUGUUCUGUUGGGCAAGUAAUACCGCUGGCCAACAAAAGAACGCUUGUAUAUUUCAUAUCAUUCCAGCAGGAAAACCUGAAUCUCUGUACAAUUGCACGCUAUCUAAUCAAACAACUGAUUCACUCUCGGUGGAGUGUUGCGUUGGUUUCGACGGUGGUCAACCGCAGCACUUUCUUCUUGAAGUCUUUGAUCAGCAUACAGGAGUACUGCAAGCAAAUAUUACAUCCGAAGAAAACGCUGUUUUUACCGUUCACGGAUUACAAUCUGGCAAAAUCCUUAACAUGGUUUUAUAUGCCGUAAAUGCGAAAGGAAGAAGCGAACCCACUUUGUUGGAAGGAUUUACAUUAAAAAUUGCUGAGAAACAAACUGGAAUACCAGUACCAUUCGAAAUUUCCCCAUUAUUAGGAGGAUUGAUUGGAGUAGUAACUGCAUUGCUUUUUGUUACUAUUACUAUUCUAAUAGCUAUGAAAAUUAGAAAUGAACGAAGAACUCAAAGACCAAGUGAUUUACCGUUAAAGAAAAGUACUGCACCCAGUUCCGAAGAUUUGUAUGAUACGGAAGAUAGAAAUCCAGAUGUUGUACCAAUAAAUAAAGGUUCUGAUUACCAAUUGACGGGAUCAAUAUCUGGCACUCCGUUAGCCACGCAAAAUACACCGGAUGGACUUACGGCGACUUCGCUUUCUAUACAACAAGUGACUCACCUACAAGGAUUGUCAUCGUAUCCACACGAGUAUAAUAAUUAUCCGGCAUUAUCGAGAAUCAUACAAACUAUCCCAUCUUGUAGCGCCAGGUCGACCAACAAGGAAUCAUCUCCAAAUUUAUCAGACGAGGUAACGUACGCCGAAUUAUGUUUGACACGUCCAUCAGCAUUAUCAACGUUAGUAAGCGAUACAACGUUGACUGGUGCAAGUGGAAUCGGCAGUUUAAGUACACUCGACGGUUAUGGUAGUGGGGUGAUCGUAGGUGGUAAACCGUGUACGAGAGAAGCUACGAUUUAUGCUUGCAUAGAUCACAAUGCAAGACCAUUAAAAAUCGAUCCAUCAUCUACUUCGCCGUUCACAUUGGCAUCUCUGUCGACAAGAAAUACAUUUCGGGACUGUAAUGUUUCAACGAUGAAUAACAAACACCCCACAAGAGAAAUUGUUACUGUACGUACACCGUUAAUAUCAACCCAGGAAAGUUGUGUAUAGGGAUGCGAUUUUGACGCGCUGAAUAUCAACGAAUACUACGUUUGAUCUGUUGUGCGCGUCUAGUUCUUAAAUGUGGUUCUACAACCAUUUGUCCUAUAACGAAACGUACAUACAUACAUAUAUGAUAUUUGAUAUGCGACAAGUGUGUAAAGUAGUUAACAGAAUUAACGUCAGGUGGACUAAUCAAUCAUUAAUUGUCAAAUAUUAGUACGGUAGCGAAAGAAUACAAAGGAACAACGUGUCCUCUUGGUAUAUUAAAAAUAAAAGCGUGAUAUUAAUGUUAAUCCACGAAUUGUUCAAAGACACUAAUAAGUUAAGUUUAAAUUUGGUCACUAAGACUGAUUUAAAUAUUAUGUAACCUUCCAUGUACAGGGUGCUCCGUUUAUUGUAAGCAACUAAAUUGUUUCGCCCGUUACUUGAAAUGCAAAAAUAUUCGCGGUUGUAUGAUUUAAAGAUCUGUUUUUAAUACUAGAUGGACAUUACAAGUUCACGAAGCUAUACGCUUUUCGUUACUCGUGUUAUAACUCGCACCAAUUGAUUGAAAUGCGGAAGAUCAGUGGUUAUAUCGGUUCUCAAUUUUUCGCUGAAAUCAAUAUACAUUACAUCAUUACGCAUUUCAUGCAUUAAGAUAUUAAUUACCAUUUCUUCACCCAACCUCCAUAUUUUUCGAAUUACUUACGAUAUGUAAGUACUUAGCAUUGUGUUUAGCGUAUUAAACUAUAAUAUUUUGUAUAACUGAUAAUGAUAUUCAUUCGGGUGAUAUGGAAAUUUCUAUGACUACUUUUUAUCCAUAAAAUGCUGAUUUACCUUUCACCAUCGUAUGAUGAUAAAAAUUCAUGGUGUUACACAAAAUGAUACGAAUAACAGUGUGAGAAUUGUCAAUUCUGACAAUGUAAGAAAUAUAUUUUUUAUCAUCAAUAAAUAUACAGGAAACAUUCGAUAAUUGCAUAAGAAUAUUCUCUUCGUAAUUGCACAGUCGUCAUCCUUGUUACGGGAUGGGAGGUUGGGUAUAUCGUAUUUGGUGUCGUUUUAAUCAUAAAAAUGUAGGAAACAUGUUGUUGAUAAACAUGUGUCAUUUAUCACAAAUCAAAAAUAAGAAAGGUUGAUUUUUAAGUUAAACGUAUCAGCUUGUCUCCAGCCUUUAACGUUUGCCGAACGUCCCUCUUCCUCUUUCACUCACGUUGUCCUUUUUCUACGUUCGGCACAUCUUAAAUCUCAGUUUCGAGAAUCGAGAAUCGUUUCUGCCUUUGCAGAAUUUGCAACACUCGAUUUUUUUGCAAUUACCGAAUGUUUCGUGUAUUUUGUCUCGUUCUCUUUUCUUAAUCGUGUCGGCCGGAUAAAAUACGACGGUGCGCAGGAAAUAUAAAUCUCCAUUGAUUCAUAAAUUUUCGCGGUUUACCCCUUAUAGUUAAUAUACAUAUAACGGAGGUUAAGCUACACAAGGUUGUGUCAGGAUUACUCUUCUAGCGAAUUUUAGCGAAUUUCUUGUAACAAGUGAUAUUCGCAACAGGAAAGAUUGCUGUCAGUCGGAAAGGAAUAAAAAACAACAAACACAUA